GCAUUCGGCGAACUCAAAAGGGAAAAAGAGGAAAACAGAGGAAAAACAAUGGCAGGGAGAAUAAGCUGUUGUCUGAAUCUUCCUCUCCUAGAUUCCAACUCUGCGCAAUCAUCUUCUCAACGACUCAAGACAACGUCACGGAUCUCUCGGAGGAGAACAGAGGAUGAAACCGAGCCACGGAAGAACAAGUGUUCCCUUCCCAUGGCCUUGGCAGCGACUGUUGUGAUCGGCGCUAUUCAGAUCAGUAACGUGCCGUUGGUGGAAGCGGCAGUUGUAAAACCGACGGUGAUCAAAGAGACGGCGCCGUGGAGGUGGAGUGACAAGAGGGCUUGUCCUCCUUGGCUUCAGAACUCACUCGAGACCAUCGUACCAGAGAAUCUUCCUCGUCCGUCGAGUCGUCGGCGUUUGGAGUUAGCCGGACUUGGUAAGCGUGACGCACCGCCGGUCGGUGCGGUGGUGACACGCGCCAGUAAGGCUGCUUGUUUCUCCAUGUAAAUUGGAAGUUUAUUACGUGUACGCGUAAGUGUUAGGCACGUGUAAAAAGUAGUUAGAUACAAACUGUAAUACACACGAAAACUUUUUUCAAUAAAUAAAAGUCUUAUUUGCA